GAGGCUUGACACUCUUUCAAAAGAGUGCGAGUCUGUUACAGCGUGGACACAGACACAAAAGAAGACUAAACAGAGGGGACGAAUGACAGAAGAAUAGACUGCAAGAGGACCAUAGGUCAAAGGUGAACCAGUAAAAACAGGUGGCCACUGAUACUAAGCUGCAGACAUAAAAACAAAGAUGGAAAUCUACACUGUCACUGUGGCAACCGGCACAUGCGAGUACUCUGGAACUAACAACUACAUCUAUUUGACUUUGGUGGGGGAGAAGGGUGAGAGUCAACGCACCCUGCUUGACAAUCCUGGGUUGGACUUCUGUCGAGGAGCUGUCGAUCAGUACACUGUAUGCAGUCCGUCCCCUUUAGGUCCGCUGUUACUUGUCAGACUGGAAAAGCAAAAGUACUGGGUGGAGGAUAACUGGUUCUGUUGCUACGUUACUGUGGAACUUCCAGACGGAGGCCGAGUGCUGGCUUUUCCUUGUUACCGCUGGUUUACCGGCAACAUCAAAGUGGAACUAAGAGAGGGAACAGCGAAGAGACUGACAGACGACUCAUCAGCUCAGCUGCUGGCACACAGAAAGGCAGAGCUGCAGGAGAGACAGAAGAUGUACAGGUGGUUGACGUGGGCUCCAGGUAUUCCCAGAUGUAUUGAUGCCAAAACCGAAGAGGAUUUACCGCAUGAUGCUCGCUUUGCCAAUGAGAAGAGGAGCGACUUUGAACAUUCUUUACAAUAUGCCUUGCUGGAAUUGUCUCUGAAGAAGUUGGCCAUCAGUUUUGGAAAGUCCUGGGAUAAUCUGGAAGAUUUUAAAAGAAUCUUCUGGAAGCUGCGAAGCCCCGUAGCUGAGUACUGCAUGGAGCACUGGAAGGAGGACUGGUUAUUUGGCUACCAAUGUCUAAAUGGCUGCAACCCCAGAAUGAUCAAGAGGUGCAACAAAGUGCCAGAGAACUUUCCUGUCAAACCUAACAUGGUACAAAGGUCCCUCUAUCCCAGAACCAACUUGGACAAGGAACUGAAGGCAGGAAACAUCUUCCUGUUGGACUAUGCCAUCAUGGAUGGGAUUCCCGCCAACACUAUUCAGGGUAGACCUCAGUACAUCGCUGCACCCAUCUGUCUCCUGUACCAGCAUCCGGACCAAGGACUCAUACCGAUAGCUAUACAGUUACAGCAGACACCAGGCCUAGACACGCUCAUUUUCCUCCCCAAUGAUCCGCCCCUGGCCUGGCUAUUGGCUAAGAUGUGGGUGCGUCACGCCGAAUUCCAGGUGUUCCAGCUGCUAUCUCACCUGCUCAGGACUCAUCUUGUGGUAGAAGUGUUCUGUGUGGCGACACUAAGACAACUGCCAGCUGUCCAUCCCAUAUAUAAGCUCUUGGCCCCUCACCUACGCUACACUCUUGAGAUCAACUGCAGGGGGCGCAGUCAGCUCAUAUCCUCGGAAGGCAUCUUCAAACGGGUUGUGUCCACAGGUGGCCAUGGCCUGCUGAUACUGGCCCAGAAGGAGUACAAAGAUCUGACCUACCGCUCUCUCCAGCCUUGCUGCGACUUCAUUGACAGAGGAGUAUCUAAGCUCCCAAACUAUUUCUACAGAGAACACAGUCUGAUGCUGUGGGAGGCCAUCCACAGCUUUGUCUCAGAUAUGGUGAGGUUGUUCUACCAGUCAGACAAUGAGGUGCUGGAGGACCUGGAACUUCAAGCCUGGAUCAGAGACGUAACGCAGGAAGGCUUCACUGAACUCCCCCACUUUGGUCUCCCCUGUCAGCUCGGCAACCGAGAGGAGCUCAGCACUCUGCUGGCAGUUGUCAUUUUCACAAGCACUGCCCAACAUUCUGCGACCAACAAUGGACAGUUUGACUGGUGUGCCUGGGUACCCAACACCCCCUGCACCAUGAGACACCCCCCACCCACUGACAAGGAUGCUGUUACCAUGGAGAUGAUCAUGGACACUCUUCCUGAUGUCAGCCAAUCUUGUGUAGAGAUGGCGAUCACAUGGCAUUUGGGGAGACCACAGCCGGAUGCAGUUCCUUUGGGCCAUUACACAGAGCGCUACUUCACAGAGGGGCAGGCCCAGGAGCGAAUUGACAAAUUCAAGCAACAACUCAAAGACAUCGAAGAAGACAUCCAGACUCAGAAUGAAGGGGUGGAGCUCCCGUACCUCACCCUUCUGCCGAGCCGCGUAGAAAACAGCAUCACUAUCUAAAAA